CAUUCAUUUCAAGCUGUGAAAUCAGUAGAAGUUUACCAAGCAAACGUUGUUGCUCUCUGUCCACCGUGGCUUUUCCUUGUUUCGAUGGCAUUUACCUCCCAAAGCAAGAAAAUCAGUUCUUGCAUCAUGUUUUGGAUGAUCUGGAAACAUACCAACAGAAAAGAAACCAUAAAAACGUGCUCCUGUUCCCCCCCUUAGCCAGCAGACUGCGGUACCUGAUUCACAGGACGGUAGAAGACAUGCCAGAGCUCACUACCUUCUCUGUAGGGGAGAGCUGGUGCCGUAGGGUGGUGGUCUGCCCUUCUGAGCUCAGGGCUGAGUCAGAAGACGACAGUGAUGUAGAGAGCAACAGCUGCCUCUCUGAAGAGCCCCCUGGCAGCAGGGCGGUGAAGGAACCAGACGUCAAGACGAAACCUUCAACCCUGUCACAAAGUCGAGCACCUAAAAGGCCGGACCAGCCCCUCUACAUGCCACGAGCCGCUCGUAAGAGACUGUCUCUGCAAAACUCACAAGGCCCCCCUGCAAACAAGGGUUUAAAAAGUCCUGCUCAGUGUAGCAGAACCUCUGCUAGCACUCCUUCAGAGUCUUGUCCCUGUCCUGAAGCCGCAGAAGAAACGGCUGACUCCGCCUCCUCUGCACAGGAACCCUGUGCCGCUGACAGUAUAACUGGUGUGGCUGGGAGCCAUUCAGAACUUUGUCCCCAGGGAGAGACUCAAACGUUGGCGGUGGGACUGCAUGGAAGCGAAACCAUCGUCUGGGACCAGACUGAGUUUUCCUUUGCAGAGAUGAAGUUGGAGGACGCUAGGGGAGAAGACUUCAACGAUGUUCGGACCGAAGACACAAGCACAGACUCAGAUGAUGUAACUGAACAAAUUAAGCUGCAUCUUAAAGAGACAGACGUCUCUGUUGAGCUUGUCCACAAUGACUACUCCAUCUACGAGAACGUCUUUCUUAACUCGGAUGACUUCAGCCAUGUCAUUGAGAUUUAUGACUUCCCAGCUGUUUUGAAGACUGAGGACCUUUUUGAUGCCUUCACAAAAUAUAGUGACGGAGGAAUGAAGAUCAAGUGGGUGGACAACACACAUGCUCUGGGUGUUUUCUCCAGCGAGGCAGCAGCGCUCCAUGCCCUCUCCAUCUGCCACCCACUGCUGAAGACUCGAGCACUUUCUGAAGGGAGUAAAAAAGCACAGGGCAAGGCUAUCAGAAGGGCAGAAUUUAUCCAGCCAGUGAAGGAGCGUCCCAGGACGGACUGCGCAGUGGCCAAACGGAUGGUGACCAGAGCUUUAGGCAUACGGGGACAAGGCAGACUACACAGAUACUGAGUCAAAGUCUACAGAUAACUGGACUGGACAGACCUUUCUCCAAACACUAACCCUGAACAGCGGAGGCUGCAGUUGACCUCGUGGCAGGAGGAAAAUGACUUUCUGAGCAAGAAAUUGUGAAAUCUGUAGCUGUACCUGACCUCUGACCCGUGGUAACUUUUGUUCACCUUUGGCAACAUUAGUAAGGAAAAAGCCUCGGCAAUUAAUUAACAAGGACAAAAAUGAUAUUUCAGAUUAUUUCAAAGUCUCUUGAAUGGCUUUGAGUUAAAUUUCGAUGUUUGUAGGUUUGACCUGAAUUGUUUGGUUGCCUGGUUAUGUUCAAGAUGUUUUGUUUCCUGUUAUUGCCCAGGUGAAUGAGGACUGGUUGUUAACAGAUGUUCAUUUUCAGGAUUUAGUUCAAGAAAUAUUUUAUAUCUAGCAAUUUUAUUUUGUUAAAACUGUUCAUCAAAAAAAAAAAGAUCUAACAUUGUUCAGUCACUUUUUAAAUAGUUUUUUUUUGUUUAACAUAUUUACUGAGGUUUUCAAUAUCUCAUACCUUUUCUAAUUUAGAGUUUACGGUAUUUAAAUUGUCAGUUUGAGCCAAGUUUAUCCCUUUAUGCUCCUAAAUGCACUGAUCAAUACAAUUUAUUAAAUUAU